CGGAAGGAGCAGCCGAAAGCCAACUCUCAGCUGGCACAUUGGAAACAAGUCGAGUCCGCGGAGCAUUGACAAGAGAGUCUUGGUGUCUAUUGCGCAGGCCUGCGCUCAGCCACGUCGCAGCUAUUUCCCACAACACAUUACUCCUACGUUUCCUAAUGCUGCUGCCUCGAUGCUACCCUCAAUAAAUCGCAGCACAUCCCGACCGCUCCGCUGACUGAAUUUCCGAUUCGACCGCCUACCUUCAUAUACACCAUGACGACAAACCAGCACAGCGCCCAUCUACGAAAAUGGCUUCUCUCCUCGCCUCCGGUGGAAUGGGGGAUCAAUCAGUUGCGAGAAUUGCUCAUCGGCAGUCUGAAAUGUGGUCCCAUACCGGAACAUGUCGCUUUCGUCAUGGACGGCAAUAGGCGGUGGGCACGACAAAGCAAAGUCGAGACGAUCGAGGGACACAACAUGGGAUUCGAAGCGCUGGCGCGAAUCCUCGAAGUCUGCUACAAGAGUGGCGUGCGCGUCGUGACGGUCUACGCGUUCAGCAUUGAGAACUUCAAGCGCAGCAAAUAUGAAGUUGACGCGCUGAUGGACAUGGCCAAGACGAAGCUCGUACAGCUGAGCCAGCACGGAGAGCUCUUGGACCGAUAUGGAGCGAGCGUUCGUAUACUGGGCGACAAGAGCUUGGUGAGGGAGGACGUUCAGGCUCAGAUGGAUCAUGCUGUGGAUAUGACCAAACACAAUCACAAUGCCGUGCUCAAUGUGUGUUUUCCUUACACUGGACGGGAGGAGAUUACGCACAGUGUGCGAGAGACUGUCCGAGACUUCAGCAAGCCGCCGACGCGUCCGCAGCUCAAGAGGCCGUUCAGCGAAACCCACAUCCAGAGGAACAUUCUCAGCCAAAAUCUACCAGCCGUGGAGGAGGAGGACUCACCCAAAGAAAUUUCCCAUGCCACCUCCGACGCCGACUCAGUAUCGACACAGGAUCUCGAUAACUCGUCGCACAUGGAUCCAGCUUCGUCACAAACGUCGAAUUCCACAUCACCAGUGCUCAAGGCUGCAACAAGGAAGACAGCAAAUCUGCCAGACCCAGAGAACAUCACGGCAGAGACACUGACAAAAAACACCUAUACACACGAUGCGCCGCCACUGGACUUACUGAUCCGUACAUCGGGUGUUGCGCGCUUGUCCGACUUCAUGCUGUGGCAAGUGCACGAAAACACCGAAAUCAAAUUCCUCAACAUCCUCUGGCCAGACUUUGAUUUGUGGCAUUUCCUACCCGUACUGGUUGAAUGGCAAUGGCGUCAAAAGAAGCUUGCAGGAGAAGGGAAAAUUGGGCUGAAGCAUGCAUGAUGUUUCCUUCAGACCAGCCGGAUAGAUUGUAUUAAUACCGAAGGGCUGCCGCCAUAGAUAGCGUUCCGUUUGUGCCAGAUUCUGUAUAGACCAAUGAUACCCUUCGAUGAAGACUUCGCACACAAGCGCACUGACAAGAAAUUGAUGAGCCC